GCCAUUUUUCCUUUCAAACCGCCUAGCAGAGGUGUCGUGUGCCCUUCGUCAGAGAGAGCGGUCUACUGCGCAUAAUCCAUGGAGCCCAGCCACGAAUCUGUAGCAAUCGGCGGGAGUUUCGCCGCCCAGGUGAGCAGCACUGGGAUCCCGCUCGAAAUAGUCGACGCCGAGAACGCCCAGGCCGGCGGCGGUGAGCGAAACCGCCAGAAUGUGUCGGCGGACGAGAGCAUGGAGAUGGACACGUCCUCUUCGACCCCGGCACCGACUGUGGGUUCUCAGACUGACAGCAACGGGCAGGCCGGCCUGGGGAAGACGGCCGGGGCCCAUUUGGGCGGGAUGGGAGUUCGAGGAGGAGGAGGAGGCGGGAACCUGGGGUUGCCUUCGGAUCAGUUGUCCGCCACCACGGGUGGGUUGGAAGUGAACGUAGUCGGAAGCAAGUCGGCGGCGGGGAGCGGUAGCGGCGCUGGGAGGCAGGCCCAGGUUCGAGACACGGCGGCCCAGUCUGCCAUUGAGCAUUUUCACCAAGAAGUUGCACGCUCGCUGGGCGCGAGUAACUCGGGAGGUUCCGGCUUAGAGGUGGCCCCCGACUCUAUCGUCUUCCCACCGGCGGGACAGGGAGGAGGGGGAAGUGGUGCGAGAGUUACAGCCGAUGCGUCGGGCCCCGAGCUAAUGAACGUGGCGAAAAGAAUCCUAGGUGGGGUAAACGUGAGCUACGGCGAUUUAGACAUCAGCGGUAUGAACUCCAGCAUGGAUCAAAGCCUCGAGGUUUCCACGCUCUCCACGCCUAAAUCCGGUCGCGGGGGAAACGUGUCGAGCAUGCUAAACGAUCCGGGGUCUCCCUCGUCUGACGUCGACAGCACGUUUGACAGCAGCGAGUUGCUCAAUGCGGAAGAGCUGCAACACGACGAGAUGACAACUCGGCUUUCCCGUGCCGGGCCCAUCGGUCUUGCCACCGCCGCGGCCAUCAUGACCGGCAGAAAACGCAAACGACAGCACAUCUUCGAGUCAAAUCCUGCACUCCGCAGACGCCACUGCUCGAAACUCAUCCGCAAACUGAAAGAAACGAUCGUGGAACUGACUGCUCGCGUCGGUCUCCAAGCCGCCGUCGUGUUCUACCGCCCGGGGAAAUCAGACCCAAAGGAGGAGCCUUCAUACAAAGUCUUUGGUGCUUCUCCGCUGGACAGCUGUCUUAUGAACCAGAAGGCGCAGAUAUGCUCAGAAAUGGACGCCGUCCUCAAUCAGCAGGUACCAGUCCCUACCAAAGAGUCCGAUCUCCCAGCGGCCGGCUCCGAUCUUCACGAGCUUCCUCCUGUCAUGUUUGAUGGCAUACCCACCCCGGUCCACAAGAUGACGCAGGCACAGCUGAGGGCUUUCAUCCCCAACAUGCUCAAGUACUCCACCGGUCGAGGCAAGCCCGGCUGGGGCAAGGAUGAAAUGAAACCAGAUUGGUGGCCUGGCGACAUUCCCUGGCAGAACGUACGUAGUGACAUGCGUACACCCGAGAAAAAGAAAGAAGUCCCGUGGACCGAGGGACUUCGUCGCAUCGUCAUCUCGUGCUACCUCCAUCACGGGCGACUCGACCUUCUACCCGAGUUUUCAAUCGAGCACCUCCCCCAGAUAUCUGCCGAGACUGCACAACAGAUCCAGCUGCAGUUGGAGAGGCUCCAGCAACAAGGAGGAGGGGGAGGGUUUAUGGGGAGGAGUGUGAGAGGAGUGGAGGGGGAAGGAGGUGCGGGCAGCGGGGUGGUGGAGCACUCGACGUCCGAGACGCAGUUGGUAGAGGCUGGCGGGGGAGAGGUCUUUACCGUGGACACCGGCAUAGGGAACUGCGACAACUCGGGGAUGCCAACUCUGGCCGACGCCACUUUAGCUGAGGCAGCCGCCAAACUACAGCAGGUAGCAGACGAGACAGGCGAGGUGCAGUACGCAACUCACCUGGUUACGGUGACGGAGAAAGACGCAAAGGCCCUCGGUCAGCCGGUGGGGUCAACCACCACUGUCCUCCUCACGGCUUACCCCGGAGGUCACAGCGGUGGGGUGGAGUCAGGGACAGAGUCAACCGAACUUAUCUCUCCCCCAACCACCUCCGCCACUGUACCCAAUGUCCAGGUCGUGUACAGUGCCUCUCACAUUGACGCCAUCCCAGACAGUCUAGUCUCGUCUGUCGCCUCUUCCUCCUCUACCACUGCCCAGCUCACUCAGAGUACCGCCUCCACAUCCGGGCCGAUAGCUAUGCCAUCCGUUGUCGAUGUAGCUGGGGGAGGAGGGACCGGUGGCCCGGGAUAUGCCAUCGUCCCGAAUUCGAUCCUGGGACAGAGCGAAGUGGUGACGCAGAUCCAGGGAGCCAUGGCUGAUCUCCAGGGUCAGCUGAUGAGCGGAGCCGGGGCCGCCAUUGAGAGCGCUGUGUUAACCGAGAACGCUCAGGGCAGCGCAGCACUCCUCCCGGGGCAAACGACUACCGCAGCGAACGCCGGGAUUCAAGACUCGAUAAUGACGCAGACCGGAGUUGUGGGUGGAGACUCGAUUCAGGAUUCGAUCCAGGACUCGAUAAUGGGUGAGGGUGGUCCGGGAGCAGUCGCUGCGGCUGCUCUUCUCGGGCAGGUGGGGGGAGGGAAGACAACGGGGAUUCAAGACUCUAGUCAGUUUCUCAACCCUGCUGCCAGUGCCGCCGUUCCCGGGAACUUGAUUGGAGGUGGAGGUGGGGCGAGCUCCGGCGGAGGAGGGGAGGGCCCUACGUCCGUGUCUGACAUUGCCUCGCAGCUCAUCAGCCAGUACGUGGCCAGUUCUCAGGCGGUCCCGGCUCCAUUCCAGGCCCCGGCGACUAAUGCCGGUAUGGAACAGGGACAGGUGGAGAGCAUGCAGACUGACGUUGUCCCCCAGCCAGCCGAGACAACCCUCCCAUCCUCCCCUAAUAUAUAAUUGAAGGGACGACCCCUUUUGUUUCUGAACUCUAUGGGGCCCCAUAGUUUAUGAACUAGAGACUCUUCACUUUUACUAAUGGCAUCCCUCCUGGCAGUUUAUAUAUACCUAUUGUAAACGGACAUUAACUGUUGUACCACAGCAUGCCACUGUUUACCACUUUUGUUACAUGACGUGCAUAAUCUAGCCUCCAACUAUAUGUGUACACAUUAUUAUGCGUAAUGCAUUAUUGUGUUUGUCCCCCACAUGCCCCUGUAUUUUGCCUUCAUUUUGAGAGUUAAUAAAAUGCAAGUGAAUUCGACAGUGUAA